AUGCAGCGCAGCCCACUCAAGACUAUCUUCCUCGCGACCUUCCUUCUCCUCGUCUCGCUCGCCCCCGUUCCGCACGCCGCUAGUGCCUCACGCGGCCCGUUCGUGCGAUCUCGCGGUCGAGACGCCGACAGCUGGCAGCGCGUAUUUGACAGGGACGAUCUCAGCGACAGGGAUGCGCGAUUCGUUUCAUUAGACGGAUCGGAUGUGACGAGAAGAAGCAGAGGAGGUGAAGCGAUUGCGCGCAGUGCGGAUGCGACGGAGACAGCUGAGGCGUGGAGGUCGCCGCAAGACCCGCUAGCAACAACGUCGCACGCAAGCGAGCGGCGCGCGGACGCGCUAUUAUCGCGGAUGGAUGCGAGGGAGCCGUCGCGGCGGCGCGGUCUGAGCAUGUCGUUCCUGCCGCGGCACCACCCUCGGCGCGCGCCCGGCACGUGCUGGAGCCGAACCGAGGCGAAGAUGUACUGGACGGUGCGCGGGGGCGGGGUGUGGGGGACGCCCAGUCCCCUCUCACUCCCUAUCCCUCACGCCAACCCCUCCGCUUCCCAACGCUCUCCUCACACUACGCUCUUCCUUCAAAACCCAUCGCUCGCUCUUUCUACAUCUGCCUCUUUCCUCUCCCCUCCCCUCCCUCACAUAUCGCGCCACUGUGCGGCCUUACCUGACGUAUCCCCUGGCCGCAAUCACCUCUCCAGAGUCCAGAGCCACCCUGUGACACGGGUCCCUCUCUCGCCGUCUGCAUUGACACCAAGCCACGAGUUUCCCUCCGCUGCCCUGCGCUCUACUUGGACUCUCGUGCCCUGCCCUCCUAAACCCUUCCUUCUCGCUCGUGUGCCCCUCUCAUCCCUCUCAUCCCUCUCCUCCAAGCCUCUCUCCGCUUCCCUUUCAAACACCCUGUCCCAUCCCAAUUUAACCUUCCCCUCAUCACCCACUCGCCACCCGUCUCCCAUCAAUCUCCGUCCGUCUCGCCCUUACCCCUCCCCCCUCCCCCUUUCUCCCUCGCUGCAUAGCCUUCCUGCCCCGUUUCUCCCUCACUACACGCGCUCGCUCACAGUGCGCCACCCACCCACCACGCUGUGCCAUGACCCCCUCCACUCCCGCUCCUGCCCCACUCGCCCUCUGCUCUGGCCAACCAUGCUUCCUCUGCUCUCCUUCCCGCCACCUCGAUCCCCUCUUGCCCCCCUCUCCCCCUCCUGCGCUGCCCCUCGCCCCUCCCCCUCUUGUGCGGGCAGGCGGGGAAGACACGCACAGAGCACGGAGCACGGAGUCACUAUUGACAAUUCUCACAAGUGA